AUGUCUCAGGGUAGUAACGCUGAGGGUAGCAGCACUAAGGCUUCGACGCUGAGCGAUAUCGAGACGGAUGUCUUCAUUGUCGGAGCAGGAGUCACCGGCCUUGGGAUGACUAUUUUAUUGAACGACUUUGGUGUGAAGACAUGCACGGUCGCAAGGCACCGAAGCACAGCACCAGCCCCGCGUGCACACAUCACGAAUAUGAGGACCAUGGAAAUCUUCCGUGACAUGGGCUUGGAGAAGGAGAUCAGCGACGCGUCAAUACCCCUAAAGGACCUGGGUAGUGCUUGGAUAGGUACUAGCCUUACUGGUCUGGAGAUCGGUCGAUAUAGUAGCUACGGAGGUGGUGAUGAACAACUUACGCACUUUGCGCUUUCGAGUCCUUGCAAGAUGGAAAGUACGCCACAAAACUUCAUGGAAGAGGCUAUGCUGAAGCGAGCCCGCGCAACUAGGGCUGACAUCCGCUUUUAUACGGAGCUCGUCUCCAUCGAGCAGUCGGAGGAUGGUAUCCAAGCACGAGUGCGGGAGCGCGGCGGUCAAGUUGAAUACAAUGUUCGCGCCCGUUAUGUCGUUGGUGCGGACGGCGGGCGCUCGGCUGUGGCGGAGAUAUUAGGAUUCGGUUUCACCGGAAAACCAGGCCUGAUGUCGAUGCUUAGCUCAUGGUUGGAGGUAGAUCUGGAAAAGUACACAGCGUAUCGCCCUGCGUGUCUAUGGUGGCUGAUGCAGGCUGGGAAUGAGUAUUGGGUCGGGUCAGGCUUACUCUUAUGCGUACACCCAUGGAAUGAAUGGACAUUGCAACGACAGUACGAUCCUACGCAAGGAGAACCGGACACCUCCGACGAAGCCAUUAUUGAGUACGCCCGGAAAGCGUUCGGAAUCGAAGACCCAGACCUUAGAUUUCGGGUCAAGCGUGUCACCAAAUGGCAAGUUAACCAUGUCGUGGCCAUGGAGUAUUCGAAAGGACGUAUCUUCUUGGCUGGUGACGCUGCGCAUCGCCAUCCACCAACCGGUGGCUUGGGCAGUAAUACUUCCAUCCAAGACUCUUACAAUUUAGCCUGGAAAUUGGCAUUAGUUCUUAAAGGACAUGCCAGCGAGCGACUACUGGACAGUUAUAACCAAGAACGGCAACCUGUAGGAAAACAGGCGGUCGACCAUGCCAUUUCGACCCUUUAUGACCAUACGUUACUCGCACCACUUCUAGGGUUCGAGCGUGGAAAGUCCCGCGAGGAAGGAAUGGCCUCACUACAGUGGCUAUUCUCCGACGUAACAGAGGCUGUUGAGCGUCGUGCCAAGGUCGAAGAGGUUAUUAAGCUAGGAGAUAAACGCUCCAAUGCAUUGGGACUACAGCUCGGGCAACGAUAUACAAACAGUGGCGCAGUCAUUGACGAUGGAACCCCUUUCCGUCCACAUACGAGGGACCCGACUCUCUACUACGAGCCGACGACACACCCCGGAGCGUUCCUACCGCACGCUUGGCUUGAGUACGAGAAACGCCGUGUUUCGACUCUAGAUGUGCUGAAGUACGGGAAAUUCGGUCUUAUUGUGGGCAUUGGAGGGACACCCUGGGCUUCAGCCGCGGUGAAAGUUAGCGAAGAGCUGGGUGUGGAGUUGCCGGUCCAUCCCAUUGGAAAGCGUUGUAUCUAUGACGAUGUCCUCAACGAAUGGACUGAUCGACGAGAGAUCACCGACUACGGAGCACUACUUGUACGCCCGGACCGCUACAUUGGAUGGCGUUGUUAUGACCGACAUCCAAACCCUUGCCAAGCUCUCCGCUCUGCACUCCGCAGUAUUCUUGGCCGCGAUGAACCCAAGGUAGCAUCAUGA